AGGCAAUUUCCUCUCUUUCUGUGACUCGUGGGAAGCUCAGACUCACCCGAGCCGGGCAGGGACCCCCUUUCCUUCAUCCCACUGACCCCAAUCCUAUUUCUUGCCCCGGAACCAGCUCUGGCAGCGGGAGAGGCAGCGCUCCACGAUGCUGGAAGUGCAGGAGUUGAGGCGGAACGGGCUCCGUGGGGACGUUUGGGAUUUGCUGUCCUUGGCAUCUCCGGCGUCCCCGAGUCCCUGGGAUUGGGAUGCGCAGGGAUCCACAGAAAUCCCACUUUGGGAUGCGCAGGGAUCCAUGGAAAUCCCACUUUGGGAUGUGCAGGGAUCCACGGAAAUCCCACUUUGGGAUGCACAGGGAUCCACGGAAAUCCCACUUUGGGAUGCGCAGGGAUCCACGGAAAUCCCACUUUGGGAUGUGCAGGGAUCCACGGAAAUCCCACUUUGGGAUGCGCAGGGAUCCCCCAGGAUCGAGCCCUGGGCCUGGCACGGCUCAUCCGUGCCCAGCUCCACCACCUCGAGGGUGCAGGGCUCCAUGGCCGGGAGAUCCAGGCGCAGAUUUUCCAGGUUGUCCAGGCAGGUCCCGGCGGUUUUGGAGACCCCGAGCUCCUCGUGGGGCAGCGGGAAGGUCCCGUCGGAGUCAGGGGGACAGAGCUCCACGGUCAGGAUGGAUUUCUGCAGCGGGAACCUCAUCACGCACAUCCCGGGGCUCUCGAAGGCAGGGACGGCUUUUCCGCGGGGGAGAAAGCGGCGGCUCCGAGCUCUGCGACGGCUGCGUGAAGUUUGUCACAUUCUCGGGCUGGGUGUGACCUCCUGGCGCCGAAAACGGGCACAAAAAUCGGCCCAAGGGCCACUGAGAUCAGAGAGUUCACCCCUCGUGGCCCUGGGUGGAGCUGGGACACGCGGGAGAGGUCCUGGAAGGUCACGGAGAUCCUGGAAAUGUGAAGAUUUCCCUGGAGGCCAGCGGCCAAAAUCCCUGGCAAAUUGAAGAAAUCAAAUUUGCAGUAAAAUGAAAAAUCAAAGAAUUGUGGCAAAAAUGAGCAAGGCAGGGAUUGUCCC